GCAGAAGCAUCAGGAGGACAUGUGCAAGGACACUGAAAAGCAGAGAGAACAACAAAUCUUCAUGCUGGAGAGAAAGUGCAAGGAUAUCCUAGGGGAGCAGGCGCCACAGCGAGGCCUCGGCGAGGAGCUGCAGCUUCGAGAGGUGGAACGGCUGUCCAAGUGCCUGAAUCUUCUCGAGCUGAAGAUGCUCCUGCAAAUGAAGAGCAAAUUCAAGAGGACGCAGAGUGGCAGGACAGAGAAUGGGCAGAAGCAGCUGCCGCAGGUGAAAAAGUGCCUGGAGAUCUGGGAGAAACAGGAGCUGGCGGAGAAAGGUGAAGAGCGAGGGAUCGACAGCGACUGCGAUGGCUUUGUGCUGCAUCAGAUCGAGGAAAUCUCCAAGCAGUGCGCCGCCACGAAGGAAAAGUACGAGAGGCGGAGGAGAAGGCGUUUGGAAAGCGAGGCCCGAAAGAAGGAAGAGGAGGAGCGCAUCCGGAAAGAGGAAGCAGAGGCCGCUCUGAGAAAGAAGAGAGCCGAGGCACUCCACAGGAUAUCGCUGAUCUCCGAUCUGAAGCAAAAGCGCAGGGAUAUCGCCACCAAACAGCAGCUCUUGCAGCUCAAAAACUUGGAGAGGUCCAUGGAGGAGAAGCUGAAUGAAAAGAAGCAACGCAGGCGGGCGGAGCGUGACCAGACGAGGGCUGAGCACAAGCAGAGACUCAGGCAAAUGAAGCGAAUGGUGAGGCAGGGUCGCCUGAGCAUUACACAGGACUCGAGCACCCAGAGCCUCGUCAUCACUCCCGCCAUCUCCAAGUGGCGGAACAUGCUGGCGGAACCGCGUGGCCUGUGAUCCUUACCCAGAACGUUUGGAUGAUAGCGCUAAACUUCGGGGUAAGGAUGACUGCCGGACGCAGGCCCACCCACAGAGGCAUUCUCCUCCGACACCACGAGCCUCCGCCUUCGGAUCCACCAUCAUAUCAUCAACCUGAAGCGAUAUGGCAUCAAUGACGCUCUGGUGGUCUACUGGCUGCGGGAGGCAGCGUUCCCGCUGGUGCAGCCAGCCGCUCGUUGUGUGGCACAAAGAACCAGAGCACAACCCUGAACCUUGGCACCUGCCCCUGCCCCUGCCCCAAAGGCGAUAAGACCAGCAACGACCAGCGUCUCAUUGAGCGUUCUACAUAUGUAGUUCCUACUUUCAAAUGUGAUGCGAUAUCAAAAUUAAUGUUAAACAAAUUAAAUCAAUUCAGUUUUUAUUCGA